AUGGGAAGCUGUUCUGGACUAUGUUCAAAAAUUACUGUUGAUAAACCAAUAAUACUUAAUGUUUCAGAGAUUGAAGUUAUUGAAGCAGCCCUUAGUGAUGAAUAUUAUCAUCUAUCAGCGUAAAUGUCAUAACAAGUGGAGGAUAAACAAAUAUUGAGAUUAGAAACUGGUGCAAUAUAUGAAGGAGACCUAUUAAAUGGAGCCAGACAUGGGAGAGGAAAGUAAACUUGGCCAGAUGGUAAUUAAUUUAAUAAUAAAAGGAUCUUAUUAUAUAGGAGAUUUUGUAAAUGAUAAAGCCUAAGGUUAUGGAAAAUUGGUGAAUAUAAGUGGGAAUAUUUAUGAAGGUUAAUGGAUGGAUGAUAAGGCAAAUGGAAUAGGGAAAUUUAUAAGUACUGAUGGAUCAUACUAUGAAGGCGAAUGGUUGAAUGAUAAAUAACAUGGAUUAGGAAAAGAAUAAUGUUCAAGUAAAAUUAUAAGACAUAAUUAUGUAGAUGGUACUUUCUAUGAAGGAGAAUUUUAUAAGGGUGCUAGACAUGGAAAGGGAAAACUAGUUACAAAAGAUAGAUGUCAAUAUAUUGGAACUUUUGAAAAUGGAGUAAUCAGCGGAAAAGGUAUGUAUGUAUAUCCAACUGAGAUAAGGUACAUAUAAAUGGGCAGAUGGGAAAACUUAUGAAGGAGAUUUUAAAUAAGGUUAAUUGUGGGGUAAAGGAAUAAUGAAAUGGGAAGAUGAUCGAGAAUACAUAGGAGAGUUUAAAGAAGAUAAAAGACAUGGAAUUGGAACUUACAAAUGGAAUGGGAGAAAAUAUAUGGGAGAAUGGUUAAAUGGUUAAUAACAUGGAAAGGGUGUUUAUAUUAGAGAAGAUGGACAACAAAGAGAAGGAAUCUGGCAAUAUGGAAUUAGAAUUAGGUGGAAUGAUAAGUUAUAAACGUAAUAAGAGUAGGAAACAACUCAAAACUGA